UUAGUAAAAUAAAAUUUACAUUUUUUUAUGUAAAUUUCUUAUAAUAAACAAUAAAAAAUAAAUAAGUUCAUAAAAUUAUAUUAUUAUAAAAUUUAAUAUUUAAGAUUUUACUAUGGAGAAAUAUAUUAUUUUGGAUAAAAUUGGUGAAGGUGCACAAGGAUUGGUUUUAAAAGGAUAUCAUAGAUCUACUGAACAAGAAGUUGCAUUAAAAAGAAUACUUUUAAAAAAGGUAGAAGAAGGUAUAUCCGUAUCAGUUAUACGAGAAGUUAAAACGCUUCAACAGUUAAAACAUCCUUAUGUCAUAGAACUAUUAGAUACUUUUCCAUUAGGUUUAGAUUAUAUAAUGGUUUUUGAGUAUAUGCCUACAGGAUUAUGGGAAAUAUUAAAAGAUAAUAAUAUUUCAUUAACAAUACCACAAAUAAAAAUAUAUAUGAAAAUGCUUUUAGAGGGUAUAGCAUAUGUACAUGGAAAAAAUAUAAUACACAGGGAUUUAAAACCUGCUAAUUUAUUGAUAAAUAAUGAAGGUAUUUUAAAAAUAGCUGACUUUGGAUUGGGAAGAUUAAUGUGGCAGGAUAUUUCUAAACCAUAUUCUCAUCAAGUUGCUACAAGAUGGUACAGAGCCCCUGAAUUAUUGUAUGGAGCAAGAUAUUAUACAUCAGCUAUCGAUAUGUGGUCUGUUGGUUGUAUUUUUGGUGAAAUGCUUAAUAAUUCACCUUUGUUUCCAGGAGAAACAGAUAUUGAACAAUUAGCAAUAGUAUUAAAAUAUUUAGGAUCUCCUACUGUUGAAUCAUGGCCAGAAUUGAUUACAUUACCUGAUUACAAUAAAAUUACAUUUCCAUAUAAUAAAGGUACAACGUGGGAAAACAUUAUACAGGAUGCUGAACCAGAAGCUAUUGAUUUAAUUAAACAAAUUCUUAUAUAUAAUUCAUCAAACCGUCUGUCUGCUAAAGAAACACUGCAACAUAUAUAUUUUUAUUCUAAACCUUAUCCAUCUGCAGGAGAUUUAAUAAAGCCAUCACAAGAUCAUCGACUUUUAGUAAAACCUAAAGAGGUUGAAGUAAGUAUUCCAAUAACAACUCUUUUUAAAGCUCUUCUAAAUACUAUAUAAAAAUAUAGAUAUAUUUUUAAAAGUGAAUUAAGGAUAUAUAUAUAUAUAUAUAUAUAGAAUUCUAUAUAUAUAUAGAAAAUACAAAAAUGUGGAAUGCUACUUUAAUAAA